GAGUGCAGCAUAGCUUCCACAAGUCUUGUGUUUACCUGUCGGCCCAGAAAGAGGGAAAUCAUUAAAUAUACAAAAGGCCUUUUAACGAUGACUUAUGCAACGUUAGAGAAGUUAUAAUGAAGAAUUUUAGAACAUCAUCCAACGGUAAAAACAGCUUGGAGUCAUCACUUUAGAUUUCUCUGUGAACUGUAACAAAGAUGGCAGAACCAAGGACCCUCUUGUCUACGGCACUGCCACCUACAGUUCAGAUUGAUUCCCCUCCUCCAGGGCCCCCAAACACAUUGGAGCUAAGUGCCAUAGGGAAAAAUGACAACAUGGAACAGGAUGGGAUCUUUACGAUCUCUGGGCAGCUGCAUACAGUCGCCACAACACCGAGUGAUUUGAAUGAGACAGUCAUGACAAACGACAGCCAAUCAGAGUUCGUUACUACCACAGAUAUUCACGAACGACAGCGUGAACAGUUACGUGAGGCUGGGUUCGACCCGGAUGAGUUUGAAGAAGGAAGGGAUUGUGGGUAUGGAAAAUGCCGUCCAGACUGUAUGCAGACUUGCGCGAACAUAAAAAUGUUUAUCUUUGUGAUGUGCAUUCUUUCUCUUUUCUCGGGAUCUAUAUCUGCCGGGUACUUCAACAGUGUGAUAACGACUGUAGAAAAACGCUUUGAGAUUGGCAGCUCUCUAUCCGGGGUCAUCGCUGCCUCUUUUGAGUUUGGAUCCCUCGUUGCUGUGAUAUUCGUAAGUUAUUUUGGCGCACGUCGACACAUUCCACGCCUUGUGGGCAUAGGAGGUCUUCUCAUCUCGCUGGGUGCCUUCAUGUUCACCCUUCCACAUUUCCUUGCAGAAUCUUACACCAUAAAAGGCGGCUUCAUCAACAGCACCGAGCACGAUAAUAUAUGUAAAAUUCCCACUUCGACAUCUCUAAGCCAACCAGGAAGCACAGCGACCCUGGGUAGUGCCGCCAUGAUGAAUUGCGUAGACUCUGAGUCUGGGAACGGGAUAUAUGUAUUUAUCCUGAUUUUAGCGCAGGUGCUUGUAGGGGUGGGCGGUACCCCCAUCUAUACCCUGGGGACUACUUAUAUUGAUAACCAUGUUCCCAAGGACAAGGCGCCCAGUUUGAUAGCAUUUAUCUAUGCAACAUCUGCCCUGGGUCCAGUGGUAGGGUUCGGACUCGGUGCUCUUCUUCUCCAGUACUACGUGGACGCCUUCAGCUACGACUACCGCACCCUCAAUCUCACCACUGAGGACCCGCGUUGGGUGGGUGCCUGGUGGGGAGGCUUCCUCCUUUUUGGGAGCGUUCUGAUUUUAAUCGCAAUUCCUUUCUUUGGUUUUCCCAAAACUCUACAUGCCGAUUUAGAGGCGAAAAUUUUGAAAGACAAGGGGAAGACAGAAUCAGAAGUAGGAGAGCCGAAGGAUGAUGAAUAUGGGAAAACUAUCAAAGACAUUCCACGUGCAGUAUGCAGUCUACUACGUAAUGCCAUCUACCUCCUGACGUGUUUUGGCGUUUGCUGCGAACUCGCCAUCGUCAGCGGUUUUCUAACAUUCCUGGCUAAGUACAUAGAACACCAGUUUUCCAUCAACAAGUCUCAGGCUAAUUUAUUCACUGGUGGUAUAGCUAUACCUGGAGCAGUGCUUGGAGUCUUGUUAGGGGGGUUUUUGAUGAGGAAGUUGCAGCUUAAACCUAAAGGUGCUAUCCAGAUGACUCUUAUACUGAAUGGACUGGCCAUAGGUGUCAUGGUCUUACUGCUGUUCACUGGGUGUGAAAACAGAAAGAUAGCUGGCGCCACUAUGCCAUAUUCUGCAGGUCUUGAUGAUUCACUGGAGUUUGAAGCCAAUCUGACGUCAUCAUGCAAUGACGCCUGUUCCUGCUCAACAAGAGCAAUAGAUCUCAUCUGCGGAGCUAAUGACAUCACAUAUUUCUCCCCGUGUCACGCAGGGUGCACACAUUUCUAUGCUAAUAAUAAUGAUGUGGUAAAAGAUGACAGUGACAGAGUAUUGAGCAAUAUAAAGAACUACACAGACUGCUCCUGCAUUGUUACGAACUCGUCCACGGACAUCAUCGUGUCCCAGCUUGCGCGCAGCGGACCCUGCCCCCAUGAAUGCAAGAAUUUUGUGUACUUCAUGAUUCUUCUGUUUGGUGCUACUUUCCUCACAGCAGGGACACAGAUGCCGCUGCUGAUGGUGACAAUGAGGUCAGUUGCAGAGGAAGAGAGGUCUUUUGCUCUUGGGAUGCAGUUUGUGAUAAUGAGACUACUUGCUUACAUUCCUUCCCCCAUUAUGUUUGGGAACUUGAUUGAUACAACAUGUCUUGUCUGGCAGAAACACUGUGAGGCCAAUGGCUCCUGUCUAGUCUACAAUAUAGAGCAGUUUAGAUUCAAAUAUCUUGGUGAGUUUCUGCAGGUUGAGUAG